AUGCUGCGCCGUCGCGCGGGCAAGGAUGACGCCGCAUCAGGCGAUAAGAGCGAUGAGCAACACAGGCCCAAGUUGAACCGGCUCAAAACUGAAGAAGAUAAGCUACGCGAAGAGUUUGGGGGUGCAAAAGUCAAGCAGCUUGUGAUUCGACCACGAAGCAAGCGUCGCAAUGGGUUCAUCUUUGUGCUCGGCGGACUGUUUGGUGUUUUGGUCGCCCUGUUCUUCGCAAAUCAGCAGGAGGUCAUUAGCCUGGAAUCGCUGAUGGACUUGAAUUUGGAGUCCCUGAUCGAUGUGAUGCCCCAAGGGAUCGUGCGCGACGCGAAGGCCUUUUCUCAACGCGAGCGCGAGGCAGUCAACUAUGAUUCAUUUUCCGUCGGUCUACAUCUUCAGUCGCAGGGGAUUGGCGCCAAACACCCGGUCGUAAUGAUUCCGGGCGUUAUAUCAACAGGGCUCGAAAGCUGGGGAACGAGGGAGAACUCACGCCAGUACUUCCGCCGUCGGCUCUGGGGCAGUUGGACGAUGAUGCGUGCUUUGGUCCUGGACAAAGCAGAAUGGAAGCACCACAUCAUGCUGGAUCGCAAGACGGGUCUUGACCCACCCGGCAUCAAGCUGCGCGCCGCUCAGGGAUUUGAUGCGACGGACUUCUUUAUUACGGGAUAUUGGAUCUGGAACAAAAUCCUCGAGAAUUUGGCGACCAUCGGAUAUGAUCCUACCAACGCCUUCACGGCGGCCUAUGACUGGCGGCUUUCCUAUCUGAAUCUGGAAGUUCGUGAUAAAUACUUCAGCAGACUGAGAUCCUACAUUGAGACUGCGGUCGAGACUGGAGGCGAGAAAAUCUCUCUGGUCUCGCACAGCAUGGGCUCGCAAGUCGUGCUGUACUUUUUCAAGUGGGUGGAAAGCGAGGAUCAUGGCAAAGGUGGCAAAGACUGGGUUGACCGCCAUAUCGCCUCGUGGAUUAAUGUCAGUGGGUGCAUGCUGGGCGCUGUCAAAGGCUUGACGGCCGUCCUGUCCGGCGAAAUGCGAGAUACGGCGCAGCUGAAUGCAUUCGCGGUCUAUGGACUGGAGAAAUUCCUGUCCAAGGAAGAGCGUGCAGAGAUCUUCCGGGCAAUGCCUGGAAUUUCCAGCAUGUUGCCCAAGGGCGGCGAUGCCGUCUGGGGCAACGCCACCUGGGCCCCCGAUGACCAACCUGGGCAGGCGAUGAGCUUCGGUAACCUGAUCAAUUUCCGGGAGACCAACUCAUCUUGGACUCGGCGCAACCUCACCACCUCGGAGAGUCUGCAGUACAUGCUCGAUCAAAGUGAGGACUGGUACCGUGAGCAAGUCCUGAGUAGCUACUCGCAUGGAGUUGCCCACACCAAGCGCGAGGUGGAGGCGAAUGAAAAGGACCCGCGGACAUGGCUGAACCCGCUCGAGGCCCGUCUCCCACUUGCGCCAAACAUGAAGAUAUAUUGCUUCUAUGGCGUUGGUAAACCUACGGAACGGAGCUACUUCUACCAAGAGGAUCUGAACCCCCUGGUGAAUCUCAACGUCAGCAUUGACACGACCGUGACCAUCAACGAAAAGAUCGACCACGGCGUCGUCAUGGGCGAAGGCGACGGGACGGUCAACCUGCUCAGCACAGGUUACAUGUGUGCCAAGGGCUGGCGCAUCAAACGAUAUAACCCCGCUGGGUCGAAAAUCAAAGUCUUUGAAAUGCCUCACGAACCAGAUCGCUUUUCUCCUCGAGGUGGACCCAACACAGGUACGUCGAAAUUCAAAAGCCCCCAAGGAACAUCUCCACUUGCUAUCUGGAAAUAUAAUGCUCACAUUGUUCUUGUUCGCACACAAAUAGGUGACCAUGUCGACAUCCUCGGCCGGUCCUCUCUAAACGACCUCAUCCUCCGCGUGGCCGGAGGUCGAGGCGACGAGAUUGAAGAGACCUACUACUCGAACAUUCGUGAAUAUGCAGACCGAGUGCAGAUCUUCGAUGACGAAUAA